GAAUUAACAUUGAAAUCUUACGAGUCGUUCGUGAAUGAUUUCACAGCAAACUUACAUAACUUACAAAUAAGCACCGAUGUUUUCAGCCAUACGGUUUGGGAUAUAGUCCUAAAUCCAAUUGCCCUAACUUUUCAUCCCAAUGAACUUGCCUCGAUAGAUGAACUCAUCGAGACGGACAAUAUCAUUUUUGAUAAAAUUCUUAGAGUCUUUGCUUCCCUAUGCAUAGAAAUUCAAACUUUGGAACGAGAGGCCGUUGAAAAUUUUUAUCUGCAAUUAAUUUUCUAUGGUGAAGGGGAUGAACAUGCAGAGAAACAAGAUGGAGACAUACAUCUGCAGAUUGGAAGGAUGCUUCCCAUCUUAGUGGGUCUAUAUAAAUAUGUUGGAAGGUGUACAGAUGUUUUGAGGAACUGCCUUCUUCAGCUUUGCAUCUUCUAUACCAAUGAAAGUGCUUCUAUUAGGAGCAUGGAUAUUUCUGGCUCUAACUUAACGGUUGUUUAUGAACACAUCGGCCAGCUGAUGCACCAUUUAGCAGUCUUAGACCACGUAAUAGACAAUCAAACCUUACUAAAAGAACAUUGGAAGAUGUAUAAAAGAAUGAUAAAGAGCGUCUAUAGCAGUCCGGAGAGUGUAAAAGUGAACUCCGAUCAGAUGCAGCAGUUCAUCGUAAUGUUAAACCGCGUAGAUAACGUCGUCAUGCAGGGCUCCAUGUUUCAAACGUGCAUUAACCAGAAGUUUGAGGAGCCAGAAUUCAGCAUCAACGUCUCCACCAACAAACAUUUCUCCGACGAAUGCAUGGCCGCCGUUAAAGAAUUAUGGUCUAGGGUUGACCAAAAAAUUGGGGAGGUCUCUGAAAUGAACGAGAGAGCGAGGCUGAUAGGCGUUCUCUGCCUCUUUGUUCUACACCAAUCUGUCUUCCAGAGCCAGGAUAAAAAAAUGUUUAAGACUCUGUUUGAUGUUCAUAAGAAGAUACCUUGCUUAGUACUUACUGGCUCUUCAGUCUUCUAUCCAAGUGAAUUCCUAGCUAGGAUGCUGCCGAAACUCAACCAGAUGGUCGUUGAUAAGAAGACAUUGCAGGCGAUGGAGUCCGCGAAGCUGCUCAAUCUCCAGAAGAUGGUUCAGUGUCUUAAUUUGCAGCUGCCUGCAUUUGAAGCCGGUCUUGCUCAGUGGAUUGUCAAACUUGAAGGCUAUCUGAUGUCACUUCCGUCGUCAUUGACGUCAUCGUCGGUUCAACUUUCUGACCCGAGGUUUAACGAGGAGCUAAUUGAGAAGUGCAAAUUACUUCAGCAGGGCUUGAUCCAAUCCUUCUACCUGCGUAACACCUCUGCCACCCUGCUGACCACCCACGCCACCCUGAACAGACCAAUGACCAAGUCCCUGGUCAAUAAUAUCUGCCAUGUGGUGGAGAUGUUGAAAGUUAUAGAGGGUAGUUGGUAUAGGUUUAGUAUUCAGGUUGUGAAUACUGCUUCCUACUUGGUGCAGUAUUUCUCGCUACUUAUGGCGGUCGUCAUUUCCAAUGCAAAUAAGCGAGUGAGAGGUGAUAAGAAGGUGAGACCUGAAGUCUUAUCAGCCUUCGAACUUAUGCUGCAGUGCCUAGCUGGACCUAUGACUAAUGAACGUAUCUUGGCGAUGAAAUUAGCUCUAGGGUUCUGCGUGAAAAAUAAGGCAUUCAAAGAUGAUGAGCUAGUGAGUAUAAGAGUCUACCUGGAAGAUAUAGACCGAUUCACAAACUUCAAGACAUUAAUCCAAGAAUCAUCAGAUGGCAGUUUCCUAUACUGGCACAGAGUCAUACUACCAACGUAUUUUGGCAGCCUUAUUGAUGACCCCGCGACCUCUUCAAGGUUACAGCACAUGUUACAAGCUCUGAAUGACGUCACGACGUCGUUACUGAUGACGCGACAUUCUCAAGAUUCCGACCUGUCAGUCCUCAGACCCUACCAGCGUUACGUCAGGAAGAUUUUGAAUGAGGAUUUUUUGGACGUUGUAUGUCGGGAGAUUGAGACGGAUCUUAGACUCAGUAUGCAUCUUCAUCUGCAGCUGGAUAGCAGGAACCCAUUUAAGGUCGUGCCAACGAAGCAGCUAUCCCACUUCAUCAAGCUGCCCCCUCUCGUCCUCUUUGAUGAAAUCGUCAACGUGAAAACAAUAGUUGAGAACUACCUGGACAAGACCUUCUACAACCUGACAACUGUGGCCCUACAUGACUGGAAGACCUACAGUCAGAUGAAAGUUUGGGCCAAACACGCCUACGGUCUGCAGUUGCUGGAACCUCAUCUACCCAGUCAGACUAUUGAGCAGGGCCUGGAUAUUUUGGAGAUCAUGAGGAACAUUCACGUCUUCGUCUCCAAGUUCCACUACAAUCUUAAUAACCAGAUUUUUGUUGAGAAGUCAAGCAACAAUAAGCACUUGAGCACCAUCAACAUCCAACACACCUCCAACUCAAUUCGAACACACGGAACAGGUAUAAUGAACACCACGGUCAACUUCACCUAUCAGUUCCUGGCUAAGAAGUUUUUCAUCUUCUCGCAAUUCCUAUACGACGAGCACAUCAAAUCCAGGCUAAUUAAAGACUUGAGGUAUUUUAAAGAGAACCACGCUGAAACCAACCAGAAGUAUCCAUUCGAUAGAGCCGAGAAAUUCAACAGAGGUAUUAAGAAGCUUGGGAUGUCAAAGGAUGGAUUGAGUUAUCUGGAUCAAUUCAGACUGCUCAUCACACAAAUUGGUAACGCAAUGGGUUACAUAAGACUCAUAAGGUCAGGAGGUCUGCACUGUUGUGCCAAUGCCAUCAGGUUCGUUCCUGACCUCGACGACAUUGUCAACUUUGAAGAGUUAUGUAGAGAGGAGGGCCUAGAUGGGGAGGCUAUCGAUGCCGCUAGGCACCUGGACUCAGUGGUCAGCAGCAUGACUAAGAACUUCUCCGAAGGGACGGAAUACUUCAAGAUGCUGGUUGAGGUCUUUUCAUCGGAAUUCCAAGAUAGUAAGAACAUGCACAUGAGAAAUUUCUACGCCAUUCUGCCUCCACUGACUCUCAAUUUUGUUGACCAUAUGAUAGCUAGCAAGGAUAAAUUGAGUAGGAAAAACAAGGUCGGUGCCUCAUUCACAGAUGAUGGAUUCGCUAUGGGAAUAGCUUACAUAUUGAAAUUGCUGGACCAGUAUAGCGACUUUGAUUCUCUGCAUUGGUUUCAAUCCGUCAAAGAGAAAUAUAACAAGGAGAAGCAAGACAUCAAAAAACAGCCGGCGGCGGCAAAACUGGACGAGAAGCUGCAGCAGACGAUGAUGCUGACGCUGAAGAGAUUGGCGGCCUACCAGCAGGAGUUCGACUUGCUAUCCUUUUCACUGAGCAGCGCAAGGAUCUUCUUCAGAGGGGAGAAAAAUAUGGACGCCUUCGCUAUGACCAACAAUAAUGGUUGGCUCGUUUGGUCUGCGGUUGACUGA